AUGGAAGCAUCUCAAGCAGGGAAGAGGACGGUGAACGGUGUGGGAGUUCGAUACAGGGGGGUUCGCCGGCGGCCAUGGGGAAAAUUUGCGGUGGAGAUACGUGACCCGACGAGGAACGGAGCGCGGUUAUGUCUCGGAACGUUUGAGACGGCUGAAGAGGCGGCUAGGGCUUACGAUAGGGCAGCUUUCAGGUUCCGAGGUCACUCGGCUAUUCUCACUUCCCCAACGAGUUCCGAUGUGAUCAGGAUCCCCGCGUUUUCAUUGUCUUUAGCAUCUUCUUCGUCUUCUUAUAAUUCAGCUGGCAUGGCAAACCACCAGAGAGGACGAGGAAGCGAAGUUAUAGAAUUUGAGUACUUGGAUAACAGUUGUUAG